AUGAGAUAAAGAUAAACAUAUUAACCAAAUUAUCUCCAGAUCUCCCAAUCAGAAAAACCCAGAAGAAAUGUACAUUCAUAUGGAAAAGAAUUAAAUACUCCAGAUUCAAUUAAACCUUUAAGUGCUUUAAUGAAUUUAAGACUAUUCCUUUAUAAAACCAAACAAAAAUUAGAAUAUAAAUAGGCUAGCCAAUUUACUAGAAAUGAUCCUUUAGUAAAAGAAUAACCUUCUUUUUUAUAUAAUAAAUAGUAAAUAGAAUAAGACAAUUAAAUAAAAUUCCAGGCCUAUUUAGAUGGAGAUUUAUAAGCUGAUGAAUAUUUGACAUUACAAAACUACAAGAGAUUAUAUAAAAUAACUAAGAAUGAUAAUGGAUCUUUUGAUAACACUAAUGAUGAGAUGCCUUAUUAUACACAAAGAGAAAGUGCUUUAAAAAAAUUGAAAGAGAGGAUUAUACAUAGACAUAAUAUGAAUAAAAGAAAAAGAGGUUCUGAAAUUAGCAAUUAAGUUGAUAAUUCAAAAUGUGAUACUCCUAGUAUAUAAUUGGCUAAAUAACUAAAAAAAGUUAUAAUAAGAAAACAUAUGAAUAAAAUUAAUGAAGAAUUAACAGCGUAUCAAAUUCUUAUUAUUUAGAGAAAAUACUUUAAAAAAUUUAAAAAUGGUUUAGAAUGCAGAUUUUGCUGUAUAACAACUAUAAGAAACACUUGAAUAUGAUAAAUCAAUUUAGAGUAGUGUGAAAAAUAAAGUUAAUUCUACUAAGCAUUUAAAAAUAAUAACUAGAAGAAAUAAAACAGAAAUAAAUGAAGAUAAUCAAAAUAGUAGAAUCUAAAUUAGUAAUUAAAUAACUCAUUAAGCUAAUUAAACAAUCUAUGAAUCAUAAUUUAAAGAUAAAAUAAAAUAAUUAAAGUCAAAAACUCUCAAAUUUUCUAAUUCUAAAAUGAACCAAAUAUUUAUUCAAAAAUCUUAAUAAUCAUUCUAAGAUCAAAGAAAAUGUAUAACUGAUAGAUCAUAAUAAUCAUAUAUUUAGAAAAAUAAUUCUAAAUAAAAAUUACAUUAUCAAGGUGAAGAUCAAUUAGAAGAGAGAGAUGAUUCAGCUGAAUCAAGUCUCUGUUCAUUAUUUGAAAAAAAGAUCAAUCAUUUAUAUAAUUAAAGCAUAUUAUUAAAGAAAAAUAUCUCAACUAAAGAUAGUUUGAUUAAACGUAUAAAACAUAUGCAAAGUUUUAAUUAAAUUGUAGGAGAAGCUGUGCAAACAAAUAAUUAAAAAUUAUAUAAAAUUUGA